AUGUUCCGAGCGCGCAGGUUCUUCCCUCAGCGGACAGGUCAGGCUGCUGGCGAGCUUGACCAUACGUCAAAGCUCGCUCCUCUCAAAAAGGUCCUUCUGAUUUUAAUCCGCGACAAGCUUCGCCGGAAAGCCAAGUCGGCCGGAACAGAUCGUCACGAUCUUGAAGCCACGUCGGAAGAAACAGAUCGUCGCGAUCUUGAAGCCAUCAAGUCCAUUACAGAUGAAGCCUUUUUGGAGCUUCUCAGGCAAUAUUUGGAUCCCGAGGAAGAGAUCUCGCCGGAGGACUAUCGCGUCCAAAGUCGGAUGUCAGGUACAUACAACCAUUGUAUCAUUGUGUCAGUGAAGGAUAAGGGUGAAUAUGCUAUCAAAGUCCCUUUCACCGGCACAAAAGAGGUCUGGACCCAAGGUGACGCGCAUAAUCUAAGGAGUGAAGCACAAACCCAAGAAUAUCUUCGUCAGCAUACAUCGAUUCCCAUAGCUGAAGUGUAUAAAUGGGAUGACACCCUCGACAACUCCAUUUCGGCUCCUUACAUUCUCAUGCGUGCCAUUCCUGGCGUUAAAGCAUCCAAACAUUGGAAACCACAGUAUGUCCCUGAGAAUAAAUCGACCCCCAAAACUGAAGAAUGGCGCCACAACUUUCUCAAGUCACUUGCAACUAUGAUGUCUGAGCUACAUCGUUUCUCCUUUCCCGCUAUUGGGAUGUUGAAUUUUGAUGAGGACCGAUUAAACCCAACAGUUGGACCUUACUAUGGUGAAAAUAAUGAUGGCACCCUCGACGAGGUCCAGGCUUAUAACUCCAGCAACGACUUCUGGGAAUCCCAGUUACAGGAAUUUGAAGCGGACCUCAAAAAUGCGGCUCUCAAAAAUGGCAAGGAAGACAUGGACGACGCCUCGUAUGGAUGGCAUAACACCAUGCGAUAUGCGCUCAAAACCUACCCUCUCAAAUGGUCCGGGAACGAGGAUGGACAGGGAGCUGAGACUUUCGUGCUCCGCCAUCCCGAUCUGGACAUGCAUAAUAUCUUGGUCGACGAGAAUGAUGGUACAAUCACGGGUAUCAUUGAUUGGGAUAUGACGAGGACAGUGCCCCGAUGCGUUGGAUUCUCAGCUGUACCCAUCUGGCUUCGAGCCGACUGGGACGCCGACUUCAAGAUGGACGAUUUAAUCCACAUGCCCUGGGAACUUGACCAAUAUCGGAACAUUUAUGCACAGGCUAUGGCUGAAGCUCUCACUAAAGCCACGGGCGAACCUGGCGACGCGUGCUAUACUCUCCAGUCGCCAAUGUAUUGUAUGGCAUACACUUGGUUUCAUGGGGGCAGUUUGGAUGCUUUUUGGGUUCGAAUGUUUAAAGAGAUUCCCCACCUCAGGGCUCUCGAUGUAAAAAAAUACAUGGAGAUGGUCGGUACUGAGACAAACUGGGAUGCCGCCGACGAGAGGCUGAUUCUAGCGCUGAAGAAGGUUCUUGCACCCAUGUUGCCCUGA